AGCAACGUAAACUCAGUGUAGAGGGACAUGGAUUACAAGAAGCCGAGGCACGCGGAGUCUCUGAUAGAAGCUUUCUACACGUACAAACAACACGAGUUGUUCUGUGAUGCCACCCUGGUCGUAGACGAGGAGCAGAUCGGAGUACAUCGAGCAAUACUCUCAUACGGGAGCCCCUACUUCCAGACCCUGUUCGACAGCCGCUACUCAAACGAUCACAUCGCACAAGUUGUCCUCCACAACGUGGAGUCCACCGCAGUCCGCACUGCCAUCGACUACAUCUACACGGGGAAGAUAACGAUAAAGGAGAGCAAUGUUGAGAACCUGUACUGUGUGGUGGACCUAUUCCAGCUGACUGAUCUGAGGGACCUGUGUGUGGACGUGUUGGAGAAGGGUCUGGAUCACAACAACUGUAUUGACAGGUUGAGAUUCUCGGAGCAGCAGGAGAUUGAGCGACUCUAUAACGCCGCCCUGAGGGUCUCCAAAUCGAGGUUUAAGGAGGUGAUUGAGGAGGAGGCGUACAGACUCAUGCCAUUUGAGAAAGUGUACGAGCUGAUAUCAGCAGAUGAUCUGAAUGUGGACGAGGAGAGGAUGGUGUAUGAAGCGGUGAUGAAGUGGGUAAACCAUAACCAGGAGCGGAGAAAGAAGCACCUGUCAGAGCUCCUGACUCAUGUCAGGUUCCCUCUAAUCCCUCCCAUCUACCUCCUGGAGAUUGUUGCUAGAGAGAAGAUACUGUUGGAGGAUCCCGUCUGCAGACAAAUGUUGGACAGUGCUAAAGAUUUUCACAUUCUAAAAGGGUCGACCGGAGCGGUGGAGACAAGUGGUCCUUCCCCCAGGCAGGGUGUUCAGUCAGGUAUGGUAUUUAUUUUCGGGGGCGAGGGAACUGAACACCAUGUGGAUUGUUACAACCCCAGAACCAACAACUGGAGUAAAAGAGGUAAGAUGAGAGCCCCACGAAGAGAGGCCUCUGCUGUGUGCAUUAAAAACAAGAUCUACAUUUUAGGAGGCGAGAACGACAAAAGAGGUAUCCUGAACAGCACUAUAAUAUACCUCAUAGACUCAGAUAAAUGGGUAGCUUCCACCAAGAUGCGUUACAAAAGGUCCGGACAUGGGUCCUGCGUUAUAAACGGCCACAUAUACGUAACAGGAGGCCACAACGGGGAAACCAUCCUGAACACCGCAGAGAAAUACGAACCGGACACAGAGCUGUGGAUGACAUUGUCCCCGAUGAACAUGGAGAGGUGCUGGCUAGGGGUAGCCAGCACGGGGGGCCACAUGUUCGCGGCUGGGGGGUACGAUGGAGAUUGUGUUCUGGACAGUGUGGAGGUGUACCUUCCUGGUAAUGAUAAGUGGAGUUAUGUGGCCCCCAUGCUGCUGCCCCGAGAGAGGCUGGGACUCUGUGCGAUUAGAGGGACGAUGUAUGCUGUAGGGGGCAGGAGGGGGCGUGCUAUAGCGGACUGCGAGUGUUACGACUCUAGAUCUAACUCCUGGAGGAAGAUCUCUCCUCUUCUGGCUCCAAGGGAUGGUAUGGGCGUGGUGGUUAAUGAUAAGUUUAUUUACGCUAUUGGAGGGUUCUCUGUUAAGUCGCACGCUUUAACUGUGGAGAGGUUUGUACAGAAGAAGAACCUGUGGGAACGGGUCUGUCCGAUGACUCGGUUACAUGAUCUGGCAGCUGUGGUUGCUACGUAGUGAGGUGUGGUUGCUACGUAGUGAGGUGUGGUUACUACGUAGUGAGGUGUGGUUACUACGUAGUGAGGUGUGGUUGCUACGUAGUGAGGUGGUUAAAACAGAUUGUCCACAGUUUAUGUCACUGUCUAGUUUCAAAUGGGAGUAUAACGAGUAACCUCGCGAAUUGUCAAGACGACGGAUUCAAGCGUCAAAGUAUUUAAAAGCAAAUUAGAUCACCAAUACUGUUAUAUGCGGCAUUAUUAUCUGUAUCAAAAAAUAAUCCUAUUGAUUGUGCACUGAACAAAUUCUGAGUAUUUACAAAAACUUUUAUUUUACUCACUUUGAUUAUUUCUGUGCGGUGGUUCUUACAAACUCGUAUUUUCGAUAACGUUCUUCUGUCCUCACCUCUUUCCAAUGUUAGCAAAUCCGCUGAGAUUUUAUUAAUUUAUUAUUCAAUACAUCCUUGUAAUUAGAUGCAUGAUGUUAACAUAACAUUAUGUUAUUUUUGUGGUAACCAUAAUAAUGUUUUUGAUACAUUUUUUGG